AUGGACCACCAAUUUUCUUCCAACCUUUUUCGGCAUAACCCGUCGUUGAGGCAACCGACGUCGAGUCCCAAAACUCUGUCCCCUGCACCACCUUCUCCAGGACAGGGUGUGUCGGCCGGAACCCCUGCAGGUCUGGCUUCAGUUCCUACAGGACGCAGUCUUGGGAACUCACAAACCAACAGUGAUAAAUCAGCUAUGUCAGGGCAUAUACUUCCAGCUCUGACUGUACACUUCUGCAACUACUGUGGACAACAAGGAAAUUUCAGAUGCAGGCGCUGCAAGAAGACAUCCUAUUGUUCUGUUGUGUGUCAGGCAGAAGACUGGAAUGCUCAUAGACACGUGUGCAAGUCUGUGGAAGUAGAACCUGUAAACGAACAACCUAAAGAAACACUCAAUUCUCCAGGGAUUGCUGAUGGAGCUGAUCCUCUGGGGUCAAAGCAUGGUGAUGCAUUCGGGACCCAGAGGAUCUAUUUUAAAGACUUGCAUAUGGCUAAAGUCAUUCAAGGAACAGAAAUACAGGCAACAGUCCUAGAGUUCUAUAGCCCUAGUAGGUUUUUCAUCCUUGCGCAAAGCUCAGAGCUCUUGGGUGCUCUGCAAAACAUCAUCACAGAGCUUCAGAAAAUCUACAGCUGCCCCUCAACAACAGCAUACGUACCCUGUGUGGAUGAGGUGUGUGCAGUGCAAUACUCCACUGAUCUGAAGUGGUAUCGGGGCUUAGUCAAGACUUUGACUGCCGACCAGAAGAUGGCUAAAAUUCUAUACAUUGACUAUGGUAAUGAAGAGGAUGUCCCUGUUGAAAGGAUUAGGCCCUUGGCUAACACACUCAAGCCAUUUAGUCCAUGUGCAAUGGAGUGCUGUAUUGUUGGAGUGGUGCCUGCAGCGACUACCUGGUCAAGUGAAUGCUGUAUCGCUAUAAGACAGUUAUUGGCUGGAAAGAUGGUGACUGUAAUUCCGGUGGAAACAGUGGGGAAUAGUCAUGUCCAUGCAGUGGAUAUUCUGCUUUCUAUGGGAAAGAAUUUGAGCGUAUUCCUCCUUGAACAUGGAUAUGGAGCAAAGGAAACAGUGAAUACAACACCGACUGAGCAAGAUAUAAGUGCCAUGGUGUGUGCAUCUCUGGACAACUUCAAGCGACUUUCUGAUGGGAAGGAUGACAACACCUGGGCUCAGACUCCUGAGUCAAUGACACAAGCAGUGGGUGACUCCUUUUCUGUAGUGGUCACCCACUUUCAGUCACCAGAUAAAUUUGUUGUACAGAAGGUGGAGAAUGCUGGAGUGAUCCAGGAGUUGCAACUGAAGCUGAGAGAACACUGCAGUCAGUUCCCAGUGUCCAGUAACUUCAGACCAGCCCCUGGUACUGUUUGCUGUGCUCAGUUCUCAGAGGAUAAGCAGUGGUACAGGGCUAAAGUACUGGCUUAUUCAUCAGACAAACAUGUCUGUGUUGGUUACCUUGAUUUUGGCAACUGUGAAGAGGUGGACUUAAGCCAGCUGCAGCCAAUCAGCCCUUCAUUAUUGGCACUGCCCAUCCAGGCAGUGACUUGUAGUCUAGCAGGGGUGCAGCAUGUUGGGGAGGGCUGGUCAGAGGACUGCCUGUUGACCCUUCAGAGAAGAGUAUCGAAUAGAAUAUUGCGCAUUAAGAUCCAGGGAGCACAUGAGGGCAAGGCUUUGGUGACCAUGUUUGAUGAGGCUAGUGAUCCUCAGGCCAAUGUAGCCGAGCUGUUGCUCUCUGCUGGUUAUGCAGCACCUGCUCCGGUUAACACCAGUAACGACCAGCAGGCUGAGAAGACGACCCCUUCCUCUGCACAGGACACACAAGCUCUUGAGCCUCUGAAGUGGUCUUGGGCUGAGCUUCCCUGUGAGGGCCAGACGGUGGCGCUGCUCGCCAGUGUUGUGCUGAGCCCUGGAAAGUUUUACUGUCACAUCAACAAUCCUACAGACUGUCAGCAGCUGAUGGAGCUGAGGUCAGAGUUGAAGCUCCACUGUGAGGCAGCAACUACCCCAUUUGAGGCCAAAGUGGGAGAGCCCUGCUGUGCCACGUACCAUACCGGUGAUGGAGCCUGGUAUCGGGCGAUGGUGAAGGAGCUGUAUGAAGAUGGGGUGUUGGUGAAGUUCGUGGACCAUGGUUUCAGCAUGAAAGUGGCUAAAAACCACCUUAGGUCCAUCACAGCCAAACUCCUGACAUUACCCUUUCAGGCUAUUCGUUGCUGGCUCACAGGUGUGGAGCCGCUGGGUUCCGAGUGGAGCAGUGAAGCCCUGCUGUGGUUUCAGACUCAGGUGAACGGCAAACUAUAUGCACGUGUGCUUUCUGUCACGGAGAAAGGCUAUGGACUGGAGCUGGAGAGCAGAGGGCAGAAUGUGGCAGCUGCCCUCCUAUCUCAGCAACUAGCAAAAAUCCCUGGCGAGAUUACUAAAGAUAUGCAGGCAGCUGUGGGCUCCGUAGAUAUUCUCCAAAAGAAUACGAAGGAGAAUGAACACAGACAAAUGGAAAACAAAGCCCCCAGAGAAACAGCCAGUUCCAAGGUCAUACCAACUGAUGAGCCAACUGCAACAUCAGUAGAAGCUCAAUCAUUCCCCGUGGACUGGAAGACAAUGACGCUUCCUAUCAAUGAGACCUUUAAGCCUUACAUCGCCGCUGCCGUUAGUCCCUCUCUCUUCUACGUGCUCAGUCCUGUCCAGGUGGAUGAGAAGAAGCUUCAGGAGGUGAUGCUGGAGGUGGCAGCCUACUGCAAGAGCAGCGAGCCCUCCUUAUCCUCUGCAGCUGUUGUGAAUAAACCAGUACCAGGAGCUGCAUGCUGUGCCAAGUUCUCUGGUGAUAAUAACUGGUACCGUGCAGUGGUCCUGGACGUCUGUGAGAAUGAGCUAAAAGUCAUCUAUGCAGACUACGGCAACUCUGAGAAGGUUUCUCUGUCCCACAUCUUGCCAAUCCCCACGCGCCUCCUGCAGCUCCCCUUUCAGAUCAUUCGCUGUACCCUUGCUGGUAAAGAGCACUUUCCUUCUGAGUGGUCAGAGGAAGCACAGCAGAUGUUUAAAAGCCUGCUGCCCAAUGGAGUCCUCGCCACCGUCCAGUCCUUCGACGGCUCUGAUAACGUGCUCUCACUCUCUCUGCCCACUGAGAACGCCAGUGGACACGUCACUGCCAUGAUUUUAGAUAAAGUACAGGCUCAGGCGAAGAACUCCUGCCCAACUCCAAACCUGAAGGCUGACAGCACCACAGCUCCUACCGACACUAAAGCUGCACUCGACCCACCCAAGUCCAAACUGGUACCUGAAGACAAAACCACAUCUGGCUGUACCAAAACCACCGAGCCCACACCUCAGAGUCCAGAACAGCUACAAGUGCAGAACAAAAACACAUGCGCACAGUCAGUCAAAGAUUCUGAGAUGUCCAGCUGCUGCCUGUACCUGAGGAGCAAGAUCGAUCGUCUGGAACAGAUGAUGGAGCUACAGCUUUCUCUCCUCAAGCAGUUAAUGGAACAGACCAAAUGAUGAGAUCAUCAUCCUUCUUCACCAGUUUGCUGUGUUCUGCUUUCUGACCACAUUUCCUGUAAACCAGUUGACUCAGAAUGCCACCCAGACUUUAGUUUUAGUUUCAUCUCAUUGCGCACUCUGCACAGCUUUUGUUUUAAAUCAGUGGUUACAUCUCACUUUAUUUUUAUGCACAUUAUGGAUAUUUUGGUUUAAAAAAAAACAAAAAAGUUUGCGCUUGGUAAGUUUGUGUUAGAGUUUACGGAAAUAACAGUUAUUAGAGAUGUUCAGCCUCUCAUUCAAAGUGUACAUUUGUCUCCAUGAGCAUCCAGCACCACCAUCUGUUCGCUGUUCAGCUGUCAUCACAUGCUCAGGUGGAAUGGAACGAUGACUGAUUUAAGUUUG